CAGCACCAUGAGCCUGGACGAUGAUGCCCGCUGGCUAGAAUGGGUCACCAAGCAGUUUGAAAGCAUCGCCGGAGACGACAAAGAGAUAGACCUGGACGAGUUUAAAACUGCUCUCAAAGUCAAAGAGUCUUUCUUUGCAGAGCGAUUCUUCGCCCUGUUUGACGCUGACGGCAGUGGCUCCAUCAGCCUGGACGAGCUCCUCAAGGCUCUGGACCUGCUCAUCCACGGCAGCGAGACUGACAAGCUCAAGUUCCUGUUCCAGGUGUACGACGUGGACGGCAGCGGCUCUAUCGACCCUGACGAGCUGCGUACGGUGCUGAAGUCAUGCCUGCGCGAGAGCGCCAUCUCCCUGCCGGAGGAGAAGCUGGACGACCUGACGCUGGCGCUGUUCGAGUCGGCCGACAAGGACAACAGCGGCUCCAUCACCUUCGAAGAGCUUAAGGCCGAGCUGGAGACUUUCCCAGAAGUCAUGGAGAACCUCACCAUCAGCGCUGCCAACUGGCUGAAGCCUCCAGAGCAGGAGCAGAAGAAGAGGAAGACCCCUCGGUACCUCACCCCAGCCUACUGGCACAACAACAGCCGCAAGCUGCUCUUCUUGUGUGGCUACUCCUGCCUCAACUUCCUGCUCUUCAUGGUGGCCAUGCUGAACAACAACCAUGGCGGACCCUGGUAUAUGGUGGCCAAGGGCUGUGGGCAGUGCCUCAACUUCAACUGCACCUUCGUCAUGGUGCUCAUGCUGCGGCGCUGUAUGACCUGGCUGCGGGCCACAUGGGUGGUAAGAGUGCUCCCUCUGGACCAGAACAUCCUGCUGCACCAGAUGGUCGGCUACGCCAUCCUCUCCUUCACCCUGGUUCACACCCUCGCACACACCAUGAACUUCAGCAGCCUGUCUCAGAGCAGCAGCUUCAGCCUGUGGGAGUACCUGUUGACCACGCGCCCGGGGGUGGGCUGGGUGCAGGGCACGGCCUCGCUGACCGGCCUGCUGCUGCAGAUCUUCAUCUGCCUCAUGGUCUUCUGCUCCAGCACCUUUGUACGGCGCAGCGGACACUUUGAAGUGUUCUACUGGUCCCACCUGUCCUAUGUGUGGGUGUGGACUCUGCUGGUAAUCCACUGCGCCAACUUCUGGAAGUGGUUUUUGGUUCCGGGCGUGGCCUUCCUGCUGGAGAAGCUGGUGGGCGUGGCCGUGUCUCACAUGGGCGGGCUCUACAUCAUCGAGGUCAACCUGCUGCCCUCCAAGGUGACUCAUCUGGUGAUCAAACGGCCGCAGUUCUUCCACUUCAAGCCGGGAGACUACGUCUACAUCAACAUCCCCGACAUCGCCAAGUACGAGUGGCAUCCGUUCACCAUCAGCAGUGCCCCGGAACAGUCAGACACUCUCUGGUUGCACAUCCGUUCGAUGGGCCAGUGGACCAACCGCCUGUUUGAGUACUUCAGACAGCCAGAGAGUGACGUCCUCAGCACCAAGAGGCUCAGUACCAGCCUGAAGAACCGACAACGCCAGAGGAAGACCCAGGAAGAGCUGUUCAAAUCAGCAUGCUGGAACGGAACCGUGGCUUCCAGUGAAGAUGAUGCCAUAGAACUGACCAUGUAUCGAUCAAACGGGACCAAAUCUGGACCAGGACCAGAGCCAGACACAGUACCAGGACCAGGACCAGGACCAGGGCCAGAGCCAGAGUCAGAGCCAGGCCCAGAGCCAGGGCCAGGGCCAGGGCCAGAGCCAGGCCCAGAGCCAGAGCCAGGGCCAGAGCCAGGGCCAGGGCCAGGGCCAGAGCCAGGCCCAGAGCCAGGGCCAGGGCCCAAUCAGGACCAGCUGGGCGCGGCUGAGAGAGGGGAAGGUGCCCCAACUAGAGAGGCCUCUGCCAAGAUGAGUGACAACCACAGGUUCAGUAACAUUAAGUGCUAUCUGGACGGGCCGUAUGGAACCCCCACCAGGCAGAUCUUUGCGUCUGAACAUGCUGUCUUGAUCGGGGCUGGCAUUGGGAUCACACCCUUCGCAUCCAUCCUGCAGAGCAUCAUGUACCGCUACCGCAUGAGGAAACAGAACUGUCCUAGCUGCAGCUACUCCUGGUGUGAGAACAUCAAGGACAACGACAUGGUGCUGAGGAAGGUUGACUUCAUCUGGAUAAACCGCGACCAGAAGUGCUUUGAGUGGUUUGUUAGUCUGCUGACCAAACUGGAGAUGGACCAGGCCGACGAGGAACCAGAAGGACGCUUCCUGGAGAUGCACAUGUACAUGACUUCAGCCCUGAGCAAGAACGACAUGAAAGCUAUCGGCCUGCAGAUGGCGCUAGACCUGCUGGCCAAGAAGGAGAAGAGGGACUCCAUCACAGGCCUGCGGACACGCACUCAGCCCGGGAGGCCUGAGUGGGGCAAGGUUUUCCAGAAAGUGGCGGAGGAGAAGAAAGGCAAGGUGCACGUGUUCUACUGUGGUUCUCCAGCUCUGGCCAAAAUCAUCAAGGCCCAGUGUGAGAACUUUGGGUUUCACUUCUACAAGGAGAACUUCUGAGCGGCCUGCUCUCCUCUCCCCUAGCUCUCAGUCUCACUCUCACAGACUCAUCCUCGUGUUCUAAAAAACAGUGGGUUCAUUACAGAUUAGUAUUGUGCAUGUGAUGAUUGCUCUUUCUACAUGUGGUGUCUUCAAACUCUUCAAACUGUACUAUGCCAGAAUACAGUGUGUGUGCAUAUGUAUGUGUAUGGUUUGCGUUUGUGAAUGUUGUUCCAGAAUGCAUACAUGUGUGCAUGAUUUUGGAUAUCUGCCUUCAAAUAGUGCCUGCCUUUUCUUUGUGUCUGUUGGGUCACAUUUUAACUCUUAACCGCUUAGGAACUAGAUGUAAGCAGUUUCUGGUAUUUGCUUGUUGUAUUGCUGUUGUUGCAAAUGGGUCUGAUGUACAUUUACAGUGAUGUUUCUGUUUCUGUUCAAAUGUUCUAUGGUAGAUGCUACAGUAUAUAUGCAUUUUGAUGGGUUAGCUAUUAGUAGGUUACCAGAAAUGUUAUUACCCAUCAAUAUGACUUAAAUAAAAUAUGUAACUCAGUAGCAUUGCGGUUUAAUUAGACAUAUAUAUAAUAUAUUAUAUAUUAUAAUUAUAGAUAUUAAAUUCAUUUUGAUUUAUGUGUCAUGUUUUUAAUAGAUCAAAUGUAUAUAUAUAAAUGUAAAUCAUUGUCUAGCAGGUUGUUGUAAAAGAACAUGUAUUUUUGUAAUAAUAGGUAAUAGGUAUAGGUAAUCACUAUAUUCAAUGUUCUUUCACGUAACACCACUGUUUAUUCUACAAACCUAGAAACGUCAACCUCAAUUUUUCUGCACUUAUGUAAUUCUCCGUAAUAUUUUCCUCUUGGACAGGAAUUUGUUGUAAUAAACUCAAAACGAUAUAAAGCAGAA